GGCUGUGUCUGAGGUGUGCGUGUGCUCUGCUUCCUCCCUGCCCUCUGUGCCAGGUGCAGCGCCAGGCCCCAGCCAUGUCCUGCGCGGAGAAGUGCCAGCAGUGCCGGCCCUGCGAGCCUUGCUGCCAGUCCUGCGGCCCCUGCCCGCUGGCCAGCAGCUGCAAUGAGUGCUGUGUCAGGCAGUGCCAGAGCUCCCACGUCGUCAUCGAGCCGCCUGCUGUGCUGGUGACCUUCCCCGGCCCCAUCCUCAGCUCCUCCCCACAGAACACUGCCGUGGGAUCCUCCACCUCUGCUGCUGUUGGCAACAUCCUCAGCUGUGAGGGAGUGCCCAUCAGCUCUGGGGGCUUUGACAUCUCCUGCAUCACCAACUGCUAUGGUGGCAGCAGUUGUUGUCGUCCGUGCUAA